AUGCGCUUCUGUUUGGUCGUCCUGCUCGCUGCUCUGCUCGUCUUGACGAAUUCACGCACGACAUCGGCGGCUUCGGAAACCUACGAGGGAGCUGAUGUCACGACGAUUUCCAGCUAUACCAAGCGCUCGCUACGGACGGCAGAAGACAAGGAGGAACGAGGUAUCACCGUCGAAGUGCCCUCGUUGGAGAAGGUGUCCUCCGUAACGGGAAAACUCCCUGCAGCAGUGGUGAAACGUCCCAACAAGGCUGCAAGGCUCUUCCUGUACAACUUGUGGCUCGUUGUUAUGAACAAGUCACCACAAUGGGUCAAGCAACACCACCCUGCCUUGGCAGAUGGAUAUAUGAGAUUCCGGCUGAACAGACUUGUGGGCAAAUAUGCGUAG